AUGCCCCUCAAGAUCACCAUCGUAGGAGCUGGCAUUGGUGGCUUAACUGCGGCAAUUGCUUUGAGAGAUCAGGGUCAUGAAGUUACUAUUUUCGAACAAUCCCAGUUUGCCUCGGAAUAUGGGGCUGCGAUUCAUAUUCAGCCAAAUUCGAAUGGAAUUUUAAGAAGAUUGGGGGUAUUUCUGGAGGAGAGUGGCGCGAAUUCUUUGAAUUGGAUGACAGAGUACACAUCAUCUGGUUCAUUGAACCGAACUAUGGAUCUAAUCGAGGCAGACAAGCAAUGGCAUCAUCCCUGGUUCCUAGCCCACCGCGUGCAACUUCACUCCCAUCUUAAAUCCAAAGCCCUCGAAUCAUCUCCCCCACACCCUCCCAUUACCCUGAUCACCUCCCACAAAGUAACUACUCUCGAUCCCACCACAUCUACCGUGUAUUUCUCAAACGGUACAUCUUGCACCAGUGAUUUGAUCAUCGGCGCAGACGGCGUCCACAGCCUCACUCGCUCUUUUGUGCAACUCUCAGAAUGCAAAAUCUCUCCUUUCGCGUGUGGAAAAAGCGCCUAUCGUUUUCUUCUCUCCCGUUCCUCCGUUCUUUCUAACCCCAAAACCGCAAAAUAUAUGCAGAAAGACGGGGAAUUGAUCAUGUGGUUUGGGACCGAUCGGCGCGUGAUAAUCUAUCCAACUUCUUCUAAUUCCUUACUUAAUUUCGUUUGUUUACAUCCUGAUGCAUUGUCUGAAAAUACGGAUAACGGAGAAGGAUGGGGAAAGGGAGGUGAUAAGGAGAAUUUGUUGAGGAUUUAUGAGGGUUGGGAUGAAGAUAUGUUGGAACUGUUGAGAAUGGCUCCUCUGUCCGAUACCUCUGAUGCGAAUACAACCGGCGCCCUCAAAGUCUGGCGUCUUCUUGACAUGCAACCACUUCCCACAUUCACAAAGGAAAAGCUUGUAUUGCUAGGCGACGCAGCACAUCCGUAUCUGCCACAUCAAGGUCAAGGGGCCGGCAGUGCUAUUGAAGAUGCUGCUGCUUUAGCAGUGGUUCUCCCGGGCGAUGUGAGAAAAGAAGAUAUUCAAGAACGGUUGAAAUUGUACGAGGAAAUCAGAAUGGGGAGAGCUCAUCGGAUUCAGGAAUUUUCGAGGAUUUUAGGGAGAGAUCCUGUGGAGGGAGAUGAUGUUAUCAUUGACAUUCGCCAAUUCGUGAACCACAACUUGCAGCAUGACGAAUGGGAUAAUUCUACCCACGAACUCAGGAAAUGGAUGUGGAAACGCAAUCCUGAGCUGUCUGCUUACUAUUUGAGGCCCGCUAGUUUCGGACCCCUCCCCUCUCCCGGUCUUACUCAUCAACAUACAACCAAACAGGCCUCGUCAGGAUCUGGAACUCCGUCCAUUUCAAGUUCCCACCUCGAUUCAACCCUCUCGAAAACCACAGCAACACUAACCUUCACCACCUCACGCACUCUCCUCCAGAAUUUCUUCCCCAUCGAUUCCAACAAAUUUCGCAUCAUCCACCUCGGAUGUAUCUCAACCGCUUCUUGGCGCUGGACUCGCUGGGUAUUCAACACCCCAGAAACAUCCAAAGACGAGAACAUAGAUGCCCCUUCAGAAACAUACGAACAACUAUGGUUUUGCAUCGAGGAUGUGGAGUACACUACAGACGAAGGAAAAACUCUGCGAGGAACAUUCGUACCGAUGGUUUUUGAAACUACUUCUCUGCAUAGAUCUAUGACGCAAGUUAUCAAGAGUGACGGUGAGGAAGAAGAAGAUUUGGAGAUAAGUACACAUGAAAUCCGUGUUUACAGUCGAGAGACGGGCCAGAAGAUUGGGAAUUUGAGGCUGGAAAAUUUGGUGGAAGGGUUGGAAGAAAAGGAGCAUGGAGAUCAAACCAAUGACGAAGAAGAAAAAGGUUUCUUGUCGUGGAGAUACGAAGAGGGCUUUCCUCCCGCAAAUCUCCACCCCACAACUUCAACUCCACCACAAGGAAAAAUCCACUACGUGCCCUCUCCUUCUCCUCUCGACUCCUCAUCACACACCUCUACCUUCUUAUCAACCUCCACUUCCACUUCUACUUCCCCAACCUCAUCCUUCAGAAUCGCAAACAACCACCAAAAGAAUCAGAAUGCCUCCCACACCUCGCCCGAAGCCAGGCGCCUCUCAUCGAGUCCGGUAUUGACACCCCGUCAGCUGCAUCAUGACGAUGAUGAAGAGAAAGAGAAAGAGGCGAAAGAAAUCAUAGAGCGUAUGAUUGAGAGAUUGGGAGAGGUAUCUUGCUAUGGGAUUGUGGGCGCGAGGAUGGAGGUUGGGGAGACGGGUGUUUGA